AUGCGUGAGUUCCGCCGCAAAACAGCUGGUUUGCAAUUUGCCAUCGAUUUAUUCCCAAAACAACAAUUAACAACAAUCCACGUCUCUAAAUCUAACAAAAACGCUUCGAAAUUGGAAAAAACAGGAAAACAGAAGGAAACGUUUUGUUUUUCCAGUGAAUGCGUCAUAAUAGAAAACCUUUCUGAAAACAAAUAAACCUGUGAAAAAUCUUGGAUUUUCAAAAAUGAAGCAAAAAUGUUUUCUGCCCUAAUUCCAGUGCAUUUUUUAACAACACAAUGCAUUCUAAAGUUUUAAAAUUAACAAAAAGAAAAUUUGCAUCUUUUUUUUUCAAUGGCUCGCAAAAAUAAACUAUGACAGUUAAAUAAACAAUCUCCACCACCUGUUUAUCUUAUAAUAGUAAUUCAAUACAAUAUUAACAUCCUCCAACGUUUUAAUUUACAAAUUUCCGAAAUUAAUUUGGACUCAAAAUUUUGAAAUUUUUUGCUGCACUUUCACGGCAAAUUGCAACUUUUGCGCGUAGGUAAAAUCCCUCGUGCUUUUUUUGUGCACAAAUUUCUUAAUUUUUCUCUUUCUCUUCUUUCUGUUUUGUUUUUUUCAUUUCCGGUUAGCUGAUUAUUAUUCAAAACAGCCUAAUACUUUUUGGUUACAAUAUAUGAACAACUAAUAGUCUUACAGUUUUUUCAUUACGAAAAUCUUCUUUUUCUUUUCUUUUUUUUUUCCGAAAUCAAAGCUGUAACGCGAUUAAUCGUUCUUUUGAAUGUUUGCGAAAUUGCAUGUGACUGUAACGUUUCAAAAAAUCGAAUCAGAAAAAAAUUCUCACCAUUUAUUCUCAUGGGAAAUUGUUAUUACGACGUCCUUUUUCCUGCGUGUUCUUUCCGCUUCGGAUAUUAUUGAUUCGCUAUGCACUUUUUCCAGCACCGUACCGUUAUUUUUCAAUGUGAGCCGCCAAAAACGGUUGCAAUGACGACUCCAAUAUCAAGCUUGCAAGGUGAAUACAUGGGGAAGACAUUUUUGGAUGGAUAAAAUGGUUCAGAUUUGAUGACAAGCUUGUUGGAUUGUGCAUCGACGUAUCCAAGUUUGGAAAAAUGUCCGGAAUGAGGUUUAGUUAUAAUUUUUCAAGUCUUUUUUUCAAAAUGUUUAUUCAAAGCGAAAAAAAAUUGAAUAAAAUGUUUAAAAUUUAACCAAAUUUAAUUUUAAAAAAAUUUAAUUUUUUUCAAGGUUUCUGAUUCGCUUCAAGCGAUCAGUUCUCAUCAGCCGAACGUCAUGCUCACCGCUUGUCAUCAUUAUUUGCUUCAAAAUCCAAAGGUUUGAAAAAAAUACAGUCAUUCGGGUGUAAGGAAGCUAUAUUUGAGCAUAAACCCCAUUUUUUUAAACUGAAAGCGGAAAUUUUUAAAGAUAUUUUUCGGGAAUUUGGUAUGAUUAUUUUUUUCAAAGUAAUCGAAAUAGUCAUUUUUUUCCCCAUUUAGCCUCAUCUGCAGCCGUUUGAGCAUGAUUAAAAAAAGUCUAAAUUUGAUUGAUUAAAGUUUUUCUGCAGUUUCCUGUUUCGAGUAUUACUUAUAAGUUUAAAUUUAGGAAAUUCAUCGAUUUUUUUCUGGUUUGUGAUAGUUAUGAAGUUUUUUUGCAGAAAUAAAAAUGGAAAUUUUUUUAAUGAGGAAAUAAAGAUUCUCCCUGAAAAAAAGGAAUUCCCUGUUUCACUUUUUUUAAUUUGGAAGACUGGAGAAAGAAAAAAAUGGAAUUUUGUGAGUUUUCAAGGUUAAUAAAAUUGUGUUAGCCAUCACAUUUUCUGAAAUAUAUUGUUUUCCGAUUUUUUUGAAGCUUUUUCUGUCUAUUUAGUUCUUUUUUUCAGUAGCUAAAAAAAUUCAGAUUUUUUUCUAAUUUUUUUCAACGAAAAAAAUGUUUUUUUAAGCUCAGUUUUUUUCCUAAUAAUGAUGAUUUUAAGGAUAAUCUAAAAUUUUUUUAAGCUGUCCAUAUUUUUUUCUCCUUUUUUUACAUUUUUUUAUUCCGGAGUCUGCACAACGAAUAGAAUUAUCACUAAAAGAGAGUUAAAAGUUUAAAACAAAAAGAGAUUUUUUUUCCUGAUUUUUCAAGAUUUUUUUAGUUGCCGGCCGGAAAUCGAGCCUUCGUCUUAAAGGAGCUCGCGAAGACCGUUUCGAUUGGUUCUGUCGUCACGAAACUCGAUGAACAAUUGGUUUUGUUGAUCAUCAACCUGGCGACGCAGGAAAUGACCAUGACCAAGGUUUGGUUCGAACUUCGACGAAUUCAAAAAUCAUUUCAUAACUUUUUAAAAAAACCUUCAUUAAAUUUUUUUCUGAUUUCUUCAUGGGAAUUUUUAAAAUAUUAAAAAAACACCGAUUCAUGUAGAUGUUAGAAAAUUCGUGGAUUUCUUUAAUAAUAUAUAUAAUAUUCUAAGCUUAACAUGUAAAAAAACACAUUUCUUUUUUUGGAUAAAUCGGCUUUGUUAUAAGGUUUUUUUCAGUGUCCUUUCUAACCGGAAAAUGAAAUAUUUCGCACUAGGGAACGUUUUCCAGUACAAGAAAAACAAAAUUUUGCAAUAGAUUUUCUUUUCGAGUUAAUACGCUUCAAAAGCUUAGAACCGAAAAAAAAAAUCUGUUGUGAGACAUCUUUUCUGGUUCUGAGUUCCGAAGUACAGUUCAGAAAAUUUUCAUCAAAAGUUCAAACGAAAAAAUCUAGAAAAGGCGCUAUAAACCUUGGGUUGAAACAAUUUAGGCCGAUAAUGGGUCCUGCAAGGAAAAGUGCGCGUUAGAGCACGAAAGCCAGAAUCGCAUGAGUUUUACGACGAUUGAGCGUUUUGAUGAAGAAAAAUAUUUGUCCAGCUGAAGUUUUCGAUUCAGGACGCCGACGUCGAAUGGGCAGAAGCCGCUCGGGAGCUUCUGGUGACGUUGGCGAGAAGCAGCCGAUUCGCGAACCACGUCAUCGACGCCGUCCUCCAGAAGUUCCCUCCCGGCCUCACGACGAGUCCCCAUCGAUACAUCGUCCUCACGAUGGCCACCAUCGCCGAACACAAUCGUGCGUUCCAAAAAAAAAAUCUGCGAAAACUAGAAAUAUUUUUUCAGCUUUCGCUCUGGUCAAAUUUCUGACCGAUAUUCUAUCCAGAACGGUUCCGCUGCUUCAACACGUCAAGACCGAUCCUCUGAGGUGAUUCGAAAAAUCAAAAAAGUCUAAAAAUUCCAAUUUUUGUUCAAAAAAUGCCGAAAGAAACUAGAAAUCUCCUUGUAGGACCCAAUUUUUUUUAGCGUAUUUCAAAAUUAUAAUUUUGCGUAUUUCACAAAAUCAUUUUGAACGAAUUUGAAGUAGUCGUAACUUGAACACGGAAAAAUAUAGAUAUCUAUAAGUUAUGUGGAUUUUUUUUUGAAUAUAUUUUUUCUUGGAUCACUUUCUCCACGUUAAAGAGUCUGUCUGUCUGCGAACGAAAAAUGAGUUUUUAUUUAUUUAUUUACUACUGGGAAAAAUUUAAGUGGCCACUAUAGAGGCUCGCCAAGGACUACUUGGAGAGGACACUUGAGUGGCCACUAAACCCACCUCUAGAGGGGCCACUGUUUUCUGAUUUAGGGACCCCUUCAGUAGUUUUUUCAUCCAGUAGUCCUUCCAGUAACUCUGAUAAUUUAAAAAAAAACAUAUUGGAUCAGUUAUGUUGAUCCAUUGACCCCUAAAGUGGUCACUAAAAUUUUUAGUGGUCUAGUAGUAGUCCUUAAACCUCUAUAGUGGCUACUAAUUUUUAACCCCUUAAGUGGUCACUAAUUUGGCUACUAUAGUGGCCACUAAAACGUCAAAACCCUAUAGUGGCCACUACAAAUUUUCACAGUAGACUUCAAAAAAAAAAAAAUGAAAUCGUAAAUUUGGAUCUGAAGAUCUGAAAUUUCGAAUCCGUUGAUAAUAAUGAACUUUGAACUUUUGGAUCCCCUGGUAAAAUUAAAUCCGAGUUUUCGAAUCCAUUGACAAGAAAUAAGAACGAAAUUGCAAAUUUUAAAUUCAUCGAUAAGAAAAAUAAAACCUGAAAUUCGGAAUGCAGAUGCGCCUGGGCCCGAGCGAUUUGCUCAUUUUGCGAGGCGGUCCGAGAAUGCGAAACGGAGAGGCCAAAAGAGGCAAGCGAGGACCUCGAAUGCAAUGGUUUCAGAACCAUUUUUCCUUGAAAAACUAAAAAUUCAAGGAGAUUCGAGGCCCGGAUCAGCAGCCGAAGUCUCCCAGGAAGUCUCCAACCGGGCCACUUAUUCCGACCAAACCGAAGCCGUCUAUGACGUCAUCUUCCAGUGGAUCUACAGCAAGGAUCCCAAGGUUCCCGUUUCAAGUUGAAAUGUUUAAAAAGAGGAAAAAAGUUUCCGAGUUGCACAUCCGUUUUCUUUCCAGAAUCAUUAUCUAUUCUAUUACAAAAAUGAGCACACUUAGGAAUUCCAGAGUGGUCCCUAUAGGGGUAAAAUUAAAGUGCUCCAUAGAGGGGUUUAGGGUCUGACUUCUUAGCUCCUGAAGCCCAAGUGGACCCUAUAGGGGUCUUCCAAUUUCAUUCAAAAAAGGCUUGUUUAUUCAGUUGCUUCUUCGCUUAGAGUUUAUAAAAAUAAUCGUAGGGGGCCAAUUUUGCAAUUUUUAGUGGCUUUCGUAGGGGUCGGUAAAGUGGUCACUAGAGGGGACCCUCCCCUAAGGUUGCCGCUAUAGGACCCACUCUGGAGUUCCUAAGCAGCUUUUAGUUUUUUUUUUUCGUUUUGAAAGAAAGGAAAAUAUUAAAAACCAAUCAUCUGAAGAACGACUUCACCGAAUUUUGUAUUUAUACGAUUUCCUUGGUAGCAACUUCACUUUGGAACACCAGAGUGGCCCCUAGAGGGGUUAGGAAAUAAAAGAGGCUACAGGGGAAAAAUAGUGGCCCUUGAAAGGCUAAAAUUCAAGUGUUCCUUUUAGGGUCUGACCACUGAGACCCUAAAGCGUUGGUCCCUAGAGAGCGUUUUAAUCUUUUUUGUAUGAAAUUCUUUUUCUCAUAGAGACCAUAACAAUAAACGAUCAAAAUGCUCCCCUAGAGCGGCCAGUUUUGCAAGUUUUAGUGUCCCUCUAGGGGAACCUUCAAGAGUUCAUAAGGUUGCCCCUUUAGGGCAUACUCUGGCGUUUAUAAGUUGUCGUUAAAAAAGGAAGAAUUGAAAAAGUUCGGUUUCUUAAUGUCGCAGUACUUAUAUUUUGUGACAACCCGUUGAAAAAAAGUUUAAUCGUUGUUUUUUUUUUCCAUUUUUUCAACUAGAAAUUUUUUUUUAGUUUUGGGAAAAAAAAUGAUUUUUAAAUAUUGAAUUCCGGGCAUUGCACUUUUUCUACAGGGUCCGAGAUUAAAAUACUGAUUAUAUGCUUUCAAAAAGGGACUUAUGAAAAAGCUUCUGAGAUCAGGACGAAAUGAAGUCACCGGAAGGGACUUGGGAUCUCAGGGUAAUUUGAAAGGAAUCGAUUUGAAAAAUCAAGCAUUUUAUUAAGUUUUUGCUCUCUCUUUCAGCUGUUAAAAUUACUUGGAAACGGAAAAAAUGACUUUAGACGCGCGGAGAAUCGGCAGAAUGCGUCGGAGAGCUGUGUCUGAUGAUCCGCCAGAUGAGAUUGGUGGAAGACGUCAAGAAAAUCGUCACGAAUCUCAUCCCGCUCUACAAAAAGGCCUACAACGAGACGCAUAUGAUCACGAUGGUCCGUGGGAAAUAAAGAAGCGAUUUUGAAAGGAUUUCUUCAGGGAAUCUGCCGGUUCCUGGAGGCGGCCUGUGUGGACGACGUCUGUCCCUUGGAGCCGUAUCUGGAAGAUAUUCUGAACGCCUUGUUCCCGAACGCCUGUCUCGAUCCGGAUGAUAACAGCGUCACUUUGAGCCCCCAGGCCAUCAAAAACCACAGCGAGGCUUUCAGAUGCUUCCAUGUUGCUGGUGAGUUUUAAAGUAUUAAUUUUGGUUAGUUGAGAAAAUAAUAUGAUAGAAACAUAUCAGUGAUAAAUUAAUUAAGAACUGCUAGUAAAACCUGAAGAGGGUCCUUCAGGUACUUUAAGGUUCAGGGGGCCCUCUAGGGAGUGUGUUAGGGCCUUCUUAAGGGAAAAAGCUUGAAGCAUUCCCUGUAGAACUGAAUGAACCAUGUUGCUGGUGAGUUUCGAAGAUCCUAAUGGGAUAGUUGAGAAAAAAAUUAAGGAUAAAUCAAUUUAAAAACUGGGAAACGCUGAAGGAGGUCCUACAGGGAGUUUUUAGAUUUAGUGGGUCUUCUAGGGAGUGUAUUAGGGCCUUCUUAAAGGAAAAAAAAUUUGAAGGACAUUUUUUUAGGAACUGAAUGAACCACGUUGUUGGUGAGUGAUGUGGAAAAGUAUUGAAAUUUUGAAGAAAUAUGGCCGAUUUUUCUUCUUAUAUUUGUUUGUCGUUUUCAAAAGCUUAUAUCAUUGAAGAAGAAAUGAAAUAACAGUUUAAUUGGAAACCACAAUUUGACGUUUUUGCUUUCAUAUUGCCGUGUUCAGAGUAGUUUCCGAGAUUUAAAAAUUGACGCUUUAUUCAUUAUAUUAAUACGUAAAAUAGGAGUUUCGAGCCGUUUUAAAAAAAAGGUGCUUCUUCAAAAAGAAGAGCGGAAAAAUGUUUGAACUGAUUAUCAUCUGAGGAUAAGGGUCUUUACACGACUAAAUAAAAAUAAAUUCUAUGUUUUAUGUGUCUCAAGCUAAGCAGAUACUUUAGGGAAAAAAGUGUCAAAAAAAAAAAUCCACAAACCUGGAAAUAGUAUAGAGGAAGAGAGGGCCGUGGAAAAGUUCAAAAAGCUUUUCCUAAACUUUUUUUUUUGUUGAAUCCUGGCUGUUUUUGACUGUUUUUGAAAAAAAUCUCUUAUGAAAUUUCUUUUGGCUUUUUUUUCAGCACUUUCUGACCAUCUCUGAAAAUAGUUUGCCUGAUAAAGUUGUUGAAAAAGAGACAGGAAACCUUUUCGAAAAUUUUUUAAAAAAUGAAUAGAGAACUCAAAUAAUCCUUUUUUUCAUUUUUUUCAAUAGAUCCCAAUACUUCAUAAUUCAUUAGAAAAAUUUUUUUAUGUUUCUUAUGAUUUGAAAUUUUUUUCCAGCGACACGAUUUGCGGACCGAAUCGUCUAUUAUUUGCUCCACAAAAUGCAAAACGUUUCGGAUACCCAAAAGUUGGGCGCCAUCAACGUCUUGAGACAUUUGCUCAAUUCUUCUGGUGGGUUUAUAAGACAAAAAAGAUCUUGGGAUUUUUCUGGGAUUUUUCCCUGAUGUAUCAGAAAAAUAUUCUGAAAGUUUACACCUUCCCGAAUUUUUAGCUUACCAGAAAUAUAGGCUCAAAGCUCUAAAAUGGCGGGUUUUAACGGAUUUUGGAGUUUUCUUCGACUUUUAGAGGUCCUUUCUUGAAAACUAGGGAGUUUUGGAGGUUUAACCUUUUAGAAUCUUCAUCUGAUACAUCAAGAAGUGUUCUGGGCAAUGUUCAGGAGAACCGCAAGCUGGGGUGUAGACUUAACAAAAAAAUUUGGAAGGAGGGGGGACUUGACAAAAAUAAAAAUAUAAAAAAAUUUUUUUAGGAGUGCGAACUGAGAUAUUUCAUUAAAUGCACUAUUAAAAAAAAAUUUUUUUAAUCGAAAAAAAUAGAGGGGGAGGGGACUUGGCUGACGCCAGGCUCACUCAUUCCAUGUAUGUUUACCUCCCUUGUGAGAAGAUUGAAUCAAAAAGUUGAAAAAAUUUGAAUUUUUCUUCAGGCCAACACAUGGAAGACAAAAGAUCGCUUCUGAUGAUGGGAUUGAGAAAAUUGCUCGCCGCGGAGAACACCACUUCCAUUAGGGUUGGUUAUAGUCCUUUUUUCCACGAUUUGGAAUCGACUAUGGCUUCAAACUGUGUCUUUUUCAAAACUAGGAAGUUGUGCCGUCUGAGACCGUCAGAACCUUCUUUUUGAACAUCAUGAACUGUUUUUUUUUUUAAAAUAAUUCCACCUCUUUAUUUUAGAUGUUCAGGAGGAAAAAUACCAAAAAACCAUUUUGAUUUUUCAAACUCUUAAAGCAGUAAAAGGUUAAAAUGAGGUUAAAAGUUUAUUUGAUCCAUUAUUUGCCUGGGAACGUUUUUUCCGAAAAUUUCCUUGCGAUAGAUCUUGUUUUCGAGUUAGGGAACUUGUGUAUCUACCGGACUUUGAAGCUUUAUAGGUGGUAUGAAAAAAAAACACCAGCGAAAAUUCAAACGGCAACAUCUCCGAUUUUUUUUCCCUUGUGUUUUUCGGUUUAUAAAACAUCUAUAAACAUUUUUUUUCCUAUUUAUUUGUGUUUUAAUCAUGAACCAACUACCUACUUUAUAUAGGAAGAUUUAAAACGAAGAAUUUGUUGAGAAAAAAAGUCGAAAAGAGAUCCGUCGGAAAGUUCCCUAGCGAUAUGGAAAAGUCGCCUUUUGAACUUUCGCUGGUCUUUUUUUCAUACCACUGCUUUAUAACUCAAAAACGAGAUCAAUUGCGAGAAAUGAAAAAACGUUAGAAAAUUUUCUGUCUUCAUACCUAACUGAGCCCUUCACUUGUCCCCACGUAUGAGUGAGAUAGAAAAAAUUGUUCACUUUUGAAUUCAAGGUAAAAAGAGCGAUAGUUCAACUGUGCGUCGCCUUGGCUGAUCAUGCCUACGUGGACGCUGAAGGCGGCGAUUACGUCAUCGCCUUUUUGGUCCGGAAUCUUGUCGCCCCGACUGAGCAGGAAGUUCAGGUCGGCUUCCAGGGCUUUCAGUCUUUUUUCAGCUUUUAAUCGUAAGAAACACGUAAAAAUCGUAAGAAAAACGAAUUUUCAUGAUAAUAAUAUUUAUUUUUCGCGUGGGAAGUUUUUUAUAUCGAAGGAAGACGGAGUGUUUCCAGAAAAUGAGCAAAAAUUCUACAGAAACUGGGAAAUUUUGAGUGGUCACUAUAGGGUUUUGACGUUUUAGCGUCCACUAUAGUAGUCGAAUUAGUGACCGCUUAAGGGGAUAAAAAUUAGUGGCCACUGUAAAGAUCUAAGUGCUACUACUAAACCACUAAAAUUUUUAGUGGCCACUUAAGGGGUCAAUGGAUCAACAUAACUGGUCCAGGGUCUUGUUGAUUGUUUAGCAGACUUUUUCUUUUUUGAACCAAGGAGUUUUGAAUUUUUGUGAUUUGAUGAUAUUUUUAGGCUUCCAAAUUGAGAAUUAAGAAUUCUUUAGUAACCAAAAAAAGAAGAACGAAGUUAAGAAUUGAAAAUUAUUUUUCAGACCCGGAAACUGGAAGUCGACGUCGCCGGAUCGAACCAAUUGAGAACUCAGUGUGCCCAGGCGCUUCAUACCAUUGCUAGCACUUGUAUUUGUGCCAAUAAGGUGAAUUUCAGGACAUUCAAUGAGUUUUCAGAUUUUUCCAGAAAGUUUGAAAAAAUUAGUCAACUGUGAAAAACUGUAGUGGCCACUUAAGAGGUUCUUCGAGUACUUCUUCAAGAGGACACUGAAACCACCUCUGUAGUACCACUUAGACUCUUAGACUUUUUAAUUUUGGUCAAUGGCCACUACUGCAAAUGCUAUAGGGACUACUGAAAUCUCAAAACCCUAAAGGGUCCACUGAAAUUUUCCCCAUUGCGCGAAAAAAAAAGGGGAUUUUCAGAACAUUUAUUUGAGUUUUUCGAGAAUUUUUCAGUUUCGUCAGGAUUAAAAAAGAAAAGUUAACUCAAAUUCGGAUUUUUAGAUGAAUAAUGAGAAUUUCAUCGCGCUACUGUUUGUUCGAAAAAAUAUAUUUCUGAAUUUUCUUAUUGAAAGAAACUAGUUGAUAUAGUCAAUGUUUCCCGACUUGAAAGGCGAGGGAAGCGGGGCGGGGAAAACAGUGGAAAACAUUGAAAAAAAAGCGGUUUCCGAGCUUUUUAAAUAGUCGGCGGCGACUGAAGUGAAAAGGCGCCAAGAACCGCGUACGCACACGCUACGCGUCCCGUCCCUUGCCUCGCCUCCUUCGUCUUUCAAGUCGGGAAACAUUGACUAUAUUUGAGCGUACUUUCUCAUACUUUCAAGGACCUUUCCCAUUUCCAGCUUCUCUGGCCUUACCUUCUGGAAUUCGUCUGUGCCGAAAGAUAUACUCCGGUGGUUGGAGACAUUUGCAAGUGUCUCAGAACACUGAUCACGAGGGAACUGCAAAAUGGCAACAAAAUGGACUUUGAGACGGGCUUCGAUAAUGGUGGGUUUGUUGGAAAAUUCGAAGUUUGAUUUAAUUUUUUUUUUACAUUUUUUUUUUUGUUGUUUGUGAUUUCUAUCAUAUGCAUCGUAAAAAUUAUUUUUUUGCAGUUCCCAGUAACGAAGUUAUUUUUAAAGCUCCCACAAAGGUUUGGAAAAAUAGAAAGAGCCUUCAAAACUAUUUAUGAAUAAAGAUGACCUUUGAAUUUUUUUAAUGUUAAAUUUUUAAAGUAAGUCUCUUACUCGUUUUAUAUAUUUGAUAUAUUGAAUAAUAAUGAUUUUUUUGUCAAUUUUUCUAAGUGAUUCAUCGAUUUUCAGCAAGAGUCGCCGGACGACACGCGGUUUUCGCCCGGCUCUAUACUUGUCUGUGUAACGCGCCGUUGAAUGGCCUUCUGGCCAGAAGGGCGAGGUUUCUUUUGCUUUUCUAAUAAACUUUUUAUCUAACGAAAUUUAAUAAUUCAUCAAUUUUAGAGAAGCUGGAGGACUGAUAAAAGCCCUGGACACGUGGUUCCAUCCGAACAUCGCCCAAGUCAGUUCGAAAUGGACCGAAAAGUUGGAACCGCUUCUCGAUGGUGACUUUUUGAAGAAUAUAAAUAAAUUUUAAAGUUUUCUAGAAUUUUUGAAGGUCUAUUAUCCAAAAUUAAGAUUUUCGUAUUUUUGUAACUACACUAAUCCUUUUGGAAGAUCACUCAAAGUUUAAAAAAAUAAUUUUUUUCCAGCAUUAUUUUUAUCUCGAAUAUGGAGAUUUUAAAAUUUCCAAAAAAAUUCAUAACUCUGGACGAAAAAUAAUUCAGAAAUGUCUGAAUCUCCUCUUUUAACUCACUAUUUCUCUGAAAUUCUUCAUAAAUAUAGUCUCAAGUUUGCCGUGAAUGACCUAUAUCCAUGUAAUCGGAAAUUUUUUUUUCCUGAUUUUUGAGCAAAAAAAUGAUUUUUUAUAGAUCAGCGAUUUUUUUCCAAUUCAAUCUGACUUGAAUCAUCCAUUUUUAAGCAUCUUAGAAUCAGCCUGAAAAAAACUGAACUAAAACAAGGAUUUGGUGAGGAAAAAAAAUUUGGCAUGCUUUUUUUUUGAAAUAAAACAGGUUUUUUGAACCAGUUGGGAGUUGAGAAUUAAAAAAAAAAUUUUCAGAACUCUCCGCCGCCAACGUGUCAAGUCCUACUGGGGAAUCGCCCCCGGCGGAACUUCGAGGCCGAAAAAUCGCUAGGUUUAAAAAUAGUUUUCUGUUUCAAAGCGGUUCUAAAACUCGUCGAAACUUAUAAAAAACCAGGGUUUCCCUUUCUUCUAUUUCAUUUUAGUGUUUUUUUUCCGGUUUUGAGUGAUUUGAAAAUUUUUUUUUGGUAGUAUCCCUAGUGUUAAACUUUCUUACAACUUAUUUUUUUCGCUUUCUUGAUAAUUUUUUUGGUUCUUAAACUUUUUUUCUUGCUUACAAAAAGAAGUUUUUUUCUCAUCUCUUAGUUAUAAUUUUGAUGAUUCCUUUCGAAAAAAAGAAACUCUUCUCGCACUAGGGCUUCUUUUUGAAGCAUAGAUCUUUAAAAAAAUCACAAAAUACGCUUGUUUUUUUAUGAUUUGUAUAGUUCGUGGGUUUUGAAGCGUAUGCAGGGCAGAUUUUCAAGUUUAAUUAAAAUUUCCAUUUUUUUCCAAUUGGUAUCAUUAAAAAAAUUUCGAACCUACCGACCUUCCAUUUCGAGAAGGAUUUCACGGAUUUUAAAAUGGGAGAUUUUUGUUGCACGAAACGCCUCAAAAUUUAGAAUUUUUUUAGAAAUUUUUGGAAUUUUUCAUUUUUUUGUUGGAACAUUUCAAUAUUUUUUUGUUGGAAAACUUUUUAAUCGCAAAAAAAACUGUCCGUUUUUUUCACCUAUUAGCUCUAUUUGUGAAUAAGAAGAAGAGGAAUAUCCUACUUUUUUUCCUCUUAAUUUUUUUCAAGAAAAAAUUCAAAAAUUUUCACCUUUUCCAAAUUUUAAAAAAAGUUUGUCAUCAUAACAGCCCUUCAAGCCGACCGACUUUCCAUUGUGAGAAGCAAUUUCAUAGAGAAUUUUCGUGGUAUGAAAAAAACACCGGCAAAAAUUCAAACGGCGACUUUUCCGAGUUUUUCAUAUCGCUAGGGAACUUUCCGACUUUUUUCCCUUAUGUUUUUCGGUUAAUAAAACAUCUAUCAACAUUUUUUUUCCUAUUUCUUUGUGUUUUGAUCAUGAACCAACUACCUACUUUUUCAUAGGAAAAAUUUAAAACGAAGAUUUUAUCGAGAAAAAAAGUCGGAAAGGGAUUCGUCGGAAAAUUGGCCGUCGGAAAGUUCCCUAGCGAUACGAAAAAAAUCGGAAAAGUCGCCGUUUGAAUUUUUCGCUGGUCUUUUUUUCAUACCACCGCAAUUUAGUCGCAGGACACCUCAAAAUCAUUGAAAAUGUUCAAAACCCUUUUCGAAAAGGAAAAAUUUGAAAAAAAGAUUUAUUAAUAUUUUUAAAGAAAAAAAUGUUUUUCAUUGAAGAUGGCACGAAGCGUGUCUCGAAUGGCUCUCCCUGUGCGUCUCUUCCGUCGUCGACGGAACUUGGCGAACGGAAAUCGCGGCGGCGAUGGGCAAGCAGUUGGAUAUGUACAAAGACAUGGCCGACGAGAAGGUUUUCCCGAAACUCUUUGAUCAUUUUCCUGAAUUUCCAGGCGUUCCUUCUGCGAUGCCUGGGAACGACACUGGCUAAAAUCGCCAACAAACAAUUUGUCGUCGAGCACUUGAUGCUGAUGUUCAAGUGAGCUCUUGAGGGAAUAAAGUAUUUAUAAUCUUAAAAAAUCGGUUUCAGUUCAAAAGUAUAUGAAAAAAAGGGUCUGUAGGGAGCAAAUAUUUGUGAAAAAAACGAAGUGAAAUUAUUUUUUUAAUUUAUGCCUUUUCAAUUUGAAAACGAUAAAUUUGUUGGAAUUUCAGUAUAUUCGGCAUAAGAUAAGGGCAAAUGUGCAUGUAUUUUUUUGAUUUUUUUCUUGGACGUUUUUUAAAAAUACAGCCACUUUUUUUAUGCUGGAAAUCUUAAUUUUUAGAAAUUUUUUUAAAGUUAUCACUAACAAAUUUUUGAACAGAAUCUUUGAAAAAAAGUGGAAAUUGACACUAUCAUUAACAAAAAAACAAAAUAAGGAAAAAUAAUUUAAUUUGAAAUUUGGAACUUUCUCGAAAAAAAUGUUUUCAAAUAUUUUUUUAGAUAAGGGUCCUUUUUAGACAAAAAAAUUUGAAAAAAAUCAUUUUUUUCGACGUUUUGAAGGUCGACGGCCCACGCCUUGGCUGCGGAACGCCAAGGGUGUGCCCGGGGAGUCGGAGCCGUCGCCACGGCCCACACCGAGCUCGUGCUCGUCGAGCUGGAAAACGUCAGCAAGUGGGAGCACGCCAAACGGAGCAGCGGCAUCUUCGGAUUCAUCAAGGUGAAAAAUAAAGGGUUUUGGAUUUUUUGGUGGUUUUGAACCAGCUUGAGAGGUUUUCGAAGCGUUCGCCGUCAAAUUUUGAAAAAAAUUUGAGAAGGGUCCCUUUUGUUGUUCUGAGGGUCCCUAUAGGGGUCGUUUCUGCGAUAUUUAUAGGGUUUAAAAAUUCAAGUGUCUCCAUAGUGCCUUCUGAACAGUCCAUAUGCUCUAGGGAUCACUAUAGGGAGAGCGUAGGGGUUCCUAGAGGGUCCCUUUAAGGUUUUUUUUAGACUAAAUUUUUUUGAAAGGUCCCUCUAGGGUUCAUUUGUGUAAAAGACCCCUAUAGGGGGCAUUUUCACGGUCUCUACAAUGGAGAAAAAUUCCAGUGUCCCUAUAGUACAUUCUGGACGGUCCAUUAAAACCCUAAGGCUUUAGGGGUCACUAUAGGGAGAGCGUAGGGGUUCCUAGAGGGUCCCUUUUAGGGGGUUUAAAGACUCCUUUUUUUUGAAAGGGUCCCUCUAGCGUUCAUUUGUUUAAAAGCCCCUAUAGGGGCAUUUUUACGGUCUUUAGAGGGUACAAUCUUUAGUUGCUCUUAUCGCCUAGUGCAUUCUGAGCACUUCAUUAAAACAAAAAUGCUUAAGGGAUCACUAUAGGGAGAGCGUGGGUGGGUCUUUAGAGAGUCCCUUUAGGGUUUUCAAUUUUUCAAAAAAAGACUCAAUUUUUUCGAAAGGGUUCCACUAGAAUUUUUUGUUUCGAAGACUCCUAUAGUGGGCAUUUUCAGGUAUCAAAAAGGGUGAAAAAUUCUAAUGGAUUCUAUAGUGCCUUCUGAACAGUCCAUAUGCUUUAGGGACAGAGUGGGGGUUCCUUGAGGAGCCCUUUUACACUACCUUCAAGGGACCUCUCCAAAUUUUCUCAUAUUGUUGAUAUUUUCUGUUGGGAAUUUUUUAAAAAAACGUAAUUUUUAUGAGAUAUUUUUGGAAGAAUUUCAAUGAUUCCCUGCUUUCGGUGUUCAGUUUUGAAUUUUUGCUGGGAUAUCAGAAUUAAAGAUUGAACGGAGCAUUUUCGAAGAUUGAUCUAGUCUGAUUCAGAAGCUUAAAAAAACAUGAUUAGACUUUCUUUACUAAAACCCGCCAUUAACUUCUCCCAAGUCUUCCUAAAUAAAAGUCAGUACUACCUUAUGGAAGAAAAAUUUAUUUUUAUUUAUUAUUCUUCGAAAAUAGGCUUUCCCUCUCUGAGCUUGUUUACGCUCAUAAAGGCUUUUUACGUUGGGCAGGGCUUCUGGGCCGGCCCGGACUUUAGAUUUUAAAAUCAUAGUUUUUGUUAAAUUUAAAGUGGAAGAAGAACUGAAGGCCGGAUUUGUAACGUAAAGAAAAAACUAAAAUUUGACUUUAAGAAAAUUUGGGCUUUCUUAUAAAAUAACCGGGCGAUCGGGUAGGAUUGGAAUAGUAAUCUCGGAUUUUCCCAGGACACGAUGCCGAUGCGACAGUACCCGGACGCCGAGAUGGUGUCCCUCAGGGCGACCUUGAUGCUCUGUUACGGCCACGUCGUCAUGGCCUGUCCCAUCGAUACAGUAACCCAACGGCUGCAGCAUACUGUACUCGUCUUCCUCCGCCACUAUUUCGCCAACUGCAAGGUGGGGCAGAAAUUUGACAAAAUCCUUUAUUUUUGAGGUUCGUAGAGGCAUUACAGCCAUCGAUAAUACAAAGAUGAAUAAUUUAUUCAUAAUCAGAUAGUACUUUGAUUGAAGAGUUCUUUCAUAAUUUGAACUUUUCAGCAAGACAUAGUCGUCCGAGAAGCCCUGUUGGAAACGAUGCGACUCAUCGCCAUGGCCGUCCAUCCUACCAGAAUCGGAAACGAUUGGACUUUCGACGCCCGGAACGAACUUCUCAGCUACUUGAGGGUUCUAAAAGAAAAAAUGAGAAAAAUUGUGGACUUUCCAACUUGAGGAGUACGUCCAAAGCGAAUCGCCGGAGAUGCUCGCCAGCUCGUUGAGGCUCUUGGCGGCGAAAGCUGCCGCGGCUUUGGUGUAAGCGAUUUCCUUUCAGAGGAAUCUUGAAAAUCCUGUUCUCACGUAUUUUUACUACUCAUUGAAUUAUCUACUUUUGUCAUAGAUUUAUCGUUUGUACAUAAUUAUAAAAUACCUAAAACGAUGAAUUUUUCCAAAUAAUAGUCCGUCCAUUGAAAUUUUUCGAGUGUCUGAGUCUCUCUGCUCCCUCACCAGCGGGCCAGAGAAAUAUAGAAAUAGCACGUCAAAAUGAGAGGGUCGCCGAGAGACGAGGGGGGCUCAGAGAAGUUUCAAGUCUGAUUUCUCUCUUUCCUCGACGGUCGAAUGAAAUUUUUUUCAAAUGUAAUUAGCUUCAUUAAAAUGUUAGAACGUUCUAGUUUGAAAAAAAGAAAGCUUAUUUCAUCCAGAAUUUUUCAAAAAAAUUUGGUUUUUUUCUAAACUUGAAUGGAAAUUUACAAGUUUUUCAAUGAAUUUGCUUCAAGAAGGGGUGAGUUACGAGGAGUGUUUCAGAUUAAACAAACUUUUCACUUUUUUUAAAUCAGGUUUUUGGUGGUAUGACAAAAAAAGCCAGCGAAUUUUUCGAACGACGACUUUUUUUCCGACUUUUUUUCCUUACUUGAUAUAGGAAGAUUAAAAAAACGUAGAGUCUAUCGAGAAAAAAAACUUCAAUUAGUAUGACUUUCAGAGGUUGUUUGGAUAUUAAUAUUCUUCAUUUUUUUAUAAAGUUUUUUUUUAAAAUUUUGUCUUCACCAUGAAAAUCUUGUAGAUCAGAAACGAGAUAGUCACAUAACUUAAGUUCAUUCCGAAAAAAAUAUCUUAAAAAAAUUUUUUCAGUCAACUUGAACCGGCCCUCGACGACAAUGACAUUUGGGAACUGAGCCGAGUCCUCACUCAGUACAUCCUGCCAAUGUGUCGGGAGAAAAGUGGGCUCAAAACGGUAAUUCCGGAGAUUUUUUGCUUUUCGAAUGAUUUGGGGACUUUUUCUUUCAGCAUGAUUCCAAUUUUUUUCGAUUUUCCCGGGAAUCAGUAUAUAGGAAGUUAAAAAAAAUUGACUUACAGAAAAAAAAAACAUUUUUUGCUUACGUUUGCAGGCUAACACGUCAUCUCUUUUGCUAACGCUUUCAUCAGCUUUUUCACACUUUUCUCAAGAUUUUACCCAAAAUCACGGUACUCACAGGGUUUAAUAUACUAUCAGCCUUGAAAAUUUAGAAAAAUGAAAGAUUUCUUUUCGAAAAAUCGACGAUUUAUCAUUUGGGGAACAUUUCUUAGCGCUAAAAUUUAGAAAAAAUGAUGGUCUAACCGAAAAAAAAAUGGAAAAAAUUGAAAGACACUAUGAAAAUUGUUGUAGAAUAUUAAAAAUGACCAAAUUUUAAAUUGAAAAUUUGGAUUUCUGUGAGUUUGCAAUGCUCCGAAGUCCGAAAACUUCACCAUUUUUGAAAAAUUUGUUGUUUGAAGCGUUUGAAACUUCAUAAUCCCAUAAAAAAGAACGAUUUUCUGGAAAGUGAUAACGAAAAUAAUUUUUUUUCAACGUGAAGCUUAGUAACCCCAGAGUGGUCCAUUUAGGGGCAACCUUGGAGUUCCUUAAAGGUUCCCCUCUAGGGAACACUUCAACUUGAUUUUAGUAGGCACUUUUUGGACCCCUUUAGGGAGCACUUGACCUUUUCCUAUAGGGGCCAAUAAAGCUUCCUUAUUUGGCUGGCUUAUUUUGAAUGAUCGGAUUAGUAACUCCAGGGUGGUCCCUAUAGGGGUAACCUUAGACACCCCGGAAGGCUCCCCUCUAGGGACCACCUCACCACCCCUACAGGGACCACUGAAGCUUAAAAAAGAGGCCUCUUUAGGGGUAAUGCUAGUCAACUAUGGUUCAGAACUCUUUGAGAAAAAGCUUUUUCAGGGCACUUUUUUGCCCUCUAUAAAGGCUGUUUUUCUCCUAGCUCCUAUAGGGAUCAUUCUGGCGCUCCUGAGAUCUAGGAAAAUGAAAAAGGCCAAUUUUCAACGAGUCUUCUGAAAAUUGGUAAACAACGAUAGUUUUCGGCUUCAAAAAGAUUUUGCAACGCUUUCAUUUCCUCCCACCUCAAACAUUUCUGUUGCCCGGUCGCUACAGCUGGCCUACGACCUCUUCGACUUCGCUUCUUCCUCGGUUCUCUCGACGCUCUCCAGCGCCACCGGCGGAAGCUUCACCGCCUCGUCGACGACGUCGUCCGCCACUUCUGAAGGUCCCAACGGAACCCCCGUUCAUCGGGUCAAUCCCCAUCGAAAGGUUCUUUUUUUUGAGUUUUGCGUGGUUUUUCGUUUGAGCGUGUGAUUUGUUUGUGUGUGCUGAGUGGACCAACUUUUUUUUAGAUUUCCCAACAAGUUUUAUAUUCAAGUUAACUCUUUAGGGUUCACACUAAUCAGUUAAUAAGUAUUAAUUAAGCUCCAGAUUUCAUACUGUAAGGAAGGAAGAUUUUUGAUUUCUUACGAAAAAAAUGAGAGCUCUUAAUUUUUGAAAAAAAUUGCAGGAAGUUAUUAAUUUUCGGUUCCUUUUGGAAAAAAAUGAAUUAGAAAAAAACGAAAAAAAUUGCUGAUUUUUUUGAAAAAAAUAAAUAUUAGGAUUUCUUCCACAGAGUUAAAGUUAUUUAGAGCUUUUUUUAGAGACUUCUGGGUUGACCAAUGAUUUUUUUGAGAUUUUUUUAUCACAUAAUUGUGAUUUUUUUACUAAAAGAGUCCUAAAAUUUUUCAUACUUUGAAGGAAAAUCGCGCGGUUUUUCAUUCUAAUAAUAUCAAAAUUAGACAUUCAUUUUCAAAGCUGACCAUAUAAUUAUUAAUUUCUGAAAUUAAAUUUAUAAUGUAUUUGCCAUGACUUGAAACAGUCUAACCCUGUCUGCGCUCUCUUUUUCUCUCACAGGAGAGGUCAGAGAACAAAGGGAAAAACUUUUUCAUAAUUUUUUUCGAUAAUUAAAAAUGUGACUUCAAAGUGCAAUAAUUUUAAGGCCCUUUUUUUGGUUUUUGCUAAUAAACUUCAUUUAAUUUAUAAUUUUUUUAAGAAGUACUCACCGUUUCACCUAAUAAAAAAAUAAUGAAUAAAGUGUUGUUUUCUCCGUUGCAAUAGGCCUUUUAAUCUUCCUUGAUUAUUUAGUUCGUUUUGGUCUUUGUUUUGCUUGCGAAUUCGUUUUCUGAAUAUUUGAUUGAUUUUGUGAGUUUUUUGAGAGUUGAAAUUAAUCAUUUCUAGUGAUUGAAUGGAACUACAAUUAAGAUGGAAGACGACGAAUCGGCGACCAUAAUGGAUGCGACUGUUCAUCAGUACGGAUUGGCCUUGGAGCAACUCGUUAGAAUGCGUCCCACCACGAAUACCGUAACCCUCCUAUUAAAGGUACAUACUAGUCAGGGUGGAUGUCGAUGAGUCAAAAAAAGAAAAAAUUUCAUUUAGAAAGAGCUGAAAAGCUUUUCAAGGACCUCUGAUAGUCUGUUCAUAUUCCAAAUGUCAAGUUCUCGCUGAAGCUCCGCCCCCUAAUGGCGCGAUACACUAAUCAGAGAGCGAGCCAUCCACAGAGCGUUCUCGAAUGACGUCAUUCUACUUGACAUUCAAAAUCUGAACGGACUGUGAGAAGCUCCUUAAAUAAUAAGAUGAAGCCUUUUUCAUAGCCUUCAGAUUGUCUUUUUUGGCACCCCUGGAACCUCUUAGACCGGUCUUUUUUCGAAAAAAAAUUUCAGUUCUCAAUUUUUACCGAACUUCAAGGCUUUAAAGUUUUCCCUGCGAUUUUUUUGCGAUUUUGAGAUGCUCCAAGCGCAUUACGGAAAAGUCGCGGAACACGAAAGAUCCCGGGCCAUCGAUGCGACUGUCCUUGUUCUUCGUGUCUACUACGAAUGCGCUGAAGACAUCACUCUAGGGGUGAGUUUGGAAAGUGACCUGGAUUGCGAUCAUGAAAAAUAUUUAUCUCAAGACCUUGUAUGAACGCCUCGCAAUUUUCAAAUAACGCUUUUUCCUGCAGUUUGUGAGUUUUGAGAGACAACAACUCGUAGAAAAAAUCUCAAAAUUUUUGGUUCUACGGAAACUUUUAGCACAGUUUAGUCAAAAAUUCGACUGCAAGUUUUAUUUUUUACAAUCGACUUUUUUUUCGAAUCAUGUCGCCUUGAAAUAUUCGAAAACCGCUCUAUUUGCUUUUUACGAGUUGUGAAGCGCCAAAAUUGGAAUACAGAUUUCAACUUUUUGGUCCUAGAGAAGAUUUUAGUCAAGUUUGUUCAGAAAUUUAAUUUGAAAAAAAAAUCAAAAACAAUUCUCUUAGGUAGCUGAUUCAAGGCUGGCUUGAGCCAUCAAAAAAAAAUGUCCUGACCCGAAAAAAAAGUACACUGCCUGAUUUGAGGAGAGCGCAGACAAGCCACGCCCCUCUUUGUCUCAACCUAGCCAAAAUAAGACUCACUAAAAUGAAAAAAAAAAAAAAAAAGAAUUUAAGAAAAAGUUCUCGAUUUUUUUGUUUUGGCAUUUCCUUAGAACUGACUUUUCAGCACGCCUCAGACUUUGGACCCCUUUCCUCGUUACUCGGCCGACUAUCCCCGCGAAUGGCCGAUUCUUUGGCCCACGUGAGGAUCCAGUCGUUGGCCGCAAUCCAUUGGGCUUUUCGACUGGCUUAUAUGCAUAAGGUCGUGUUUUUUAAAGUCAUCAGCGCAUUCGAAAAUGGGGUGGGAUUUUACGAUUUUGUGAUGGUUCUCAUUACGGUUCGAAUGGUAUACUUCAACAUGCAUAAAAGUCGGCAGUUUUGAGAAAUUUGAAUUUUUAAAAAAUCGAGUUUAGUUCGAAAUCUCGCGAAAAAAUCAACGUGACACGAAAAAAUCUCUUAUUUUUCUUCAUCUUCCGCGCAAUGCAAAAUUGUCUCUGACUCUCCAAAAUUCAGUUAUCUUUUUCACUCUUUCUCUCGUUAUAUCAUAAAUUUUCCCUUCUUGAGACCUAUCGAUUACCAAAUUUUUGGCCAAAAAAAUAUUUUUUUUUUGUGGAAAAUCGAUUUUACCUUCAAAAAUUUGACGAUUUUUCGUUUCCUCCUAGAAAAUACCUAAAGUUAUUUUUGCCCGAAAUUUUCACAAUUCAUCGUUUUUUAAAAACCUGUAAUGCAUAACGAGAUAGUUUAGCUCAUUUAAAAAAUCCCAGAAUUUUCCAUAAAAAUAUGUUCUCCAGGGACAUGGACGAUAUUCCGACUCGAGCUUGUUCUCUUUCGAACAAUUCUCCAACGAAUAUCUCGCUGGCGAGGGAAAACUCGACGGCCAAACGGCGAAAAGAGCCGUCAAGGCCAUGUCUCAGGUAACAAGGAACUCUCGAAAAUGGGAGAAAUUGUGGGAAAAUAGUGUAGGAGCGAUUAUUUUUCCCGCAUAGGAAUAGUUAGAAAAACAUAUUGAGAUCACUUAAGGGUCCUGUUUGGGAGUUUCUGGCGUUCGUAGCUUUCAAAGUCGCGAAAAAUGAGGUCUAGGCUCAUUUUUGUGUUGAACGAGAACUUUUAAACGUCACUUUUCGAAAGAAUUGAAGUUUUCGCAACCAGGGACUAAAAUGUAUCUUUAUCUAGACCUUCAGGGAAUGCCUGAGAGAAUUUUUACAAAAUUUCAAGCUUCAUCCUAAAUUAUUCUCCUUGAAAGGUCUAAAUAUUCGAUCAGACUUGUUCCCAAAAGGCUGAAAAAUAUGUUUAUGUUUCUCUUUUUUGUCAUUAGAUCCUUAAUUAAAUAUUCGCUCCUUUUCCAGACUUUCUUGAGUCUCUGAAAUUCUGACAAAAAUGCAUUCAAAGACCUUCCUCUUCCUUCUGGAGAUAAUUUCGAUUUUUCUUGUUCUAAAAAGUCAACUGGACAGGUGAUCGAGUGCCGCCUGCCGCAGUCCCAGAUGCAGACCUACCUGACGGCGGUCUUCGAGAUGCUGACCGACCGGCAGAGCCAGGUGAGCUCGGCCGCCGCCCAGCUCCUCACCUACGCUCUCACCUCCCGCGGGACAACCCUCGUCGCCGAGGUUUGAUUUGGAGUUCGGGAAAAUAGGCUAUUCAAAAAGAAUAAGCGCCAUACGUAGGCUUACCCAAUGGAAAAGUUUUUCAAAGGUCGAUUUCCGAUUCGAUUUCAUUUGAGCACAAAUGAAAAAAAAAAUGAAAAUAAAAACGUGUUGAAAACCUCAAAAAUCAGCAGAUUCUGUAGAAUAAGUUGCUUGCGUUGGUAUAUGAUAAUAAUUUUUAGGAUUUUUUAUUUCAACUUUGAGGUAAUUUUUCUCAAAAAAUAGGAAAUUCUGGUAAUUUUGACCGUUUGACAUCCAUUAAAAGCUGUUCAAGAUGACAUCAAUGUUUCAAACUUUGUUUUUACUGACAAUGUGCUUUCAAAGAACAAUACGAAAGGGUGACAGUAAUUUUUCCAACCUUUUUUACUGACCAUUUUCCUUCAAAAGUGAUUAUUUGAUUUUUCAAGUGCCUUUGAAGUGACUCGGAAGUUUUUUGUAUAGAGCAGCUUUGCUGUAAAACUAAUGCUUGGCGGGAACCCAAGUUUUUUUUUAUUUCUGUUCAAACGUACAUCCACUAAGAAUAACUGCCGAGAUAAACGCGAGACACUGGCGGUACAUUGACGAGCUCGCAAACAUCUCGCUUUUUUUCUCGCGCCGGUCUCGCAUUUUUCUGGGCGCCAGCUCGCACUUUUCUAGGCGCGAGCUCGCAUUUCUCUCGCAUUUUGAAAAUUUCCGAAAUGCAAGAUAAAUGCGAGGUCGCGCCGAGAAAAAGGCGACAUUUUUGCGAGUUCGUCAAUGUACCGCCACCGACCUCGCGUUUAUCUCGUCAGUUAUUCUUAGUGUCGGCUGGAAUGAUUUUCAGGCCUAAUUUUCACAUUUUCUAAUAAUUUUUUUCUCAGUUUAUCGGUUUUAGCAGAUAAUCUCUCUUGUUUUCAAGUUCAAAAGAUUUCAAAAAAUAGGAACUUCUGUUCAUUUUGACUGUUUGACAUUCAAUAAAAAGCUGUUAAAGAUGACUUUAUUGUUUCAAACUUCGUUUUUACUGACCAUGUGCCUUCAAAGAACAAUACGAAAGGGUGACAGUAAUUUUUCCAACCUUUUUUACUGACCAUUUUCCUUCAAAAGUGAUUAUUUGACGUUUGAAGGCGGAAACCCUGGUCUCGACACUUCUCGCCAAACUCUCCGAAGUGCAUUCCUGUGUCCACACCUACCCCGACCUCCUUGCCGCAGUCGUCGCCUUCGCCGCUCAUCAACAACAGCCCGUGUGUGACGUCAUUCUGAAACAGCCGUUGCCCUACUCGGAGUUGGUUGCCGUCAAUUGGAGCAUCGGAAAUAGAAAUGUUCCAGGACCAUCGCCGACGCCUGGAAGUGUAUCUCACGGGAUCGGUAUCUCUUCGCGGGGAUUCUCGAUCAUUUAUUGGAGUUGUUGAACUCGAGUCUGGACCAACCUUAUGAGGUCGUCGAUAUUGGCGCCGGCAGUUCGGCUAAGGUAUCUUUUUCUCGAGUAGUCCCUAGAGGAGCUGGAAAAAAAACAGGUUCUAUAAGGGACAAUAUCCCUAAACUUAAGAAAACCAGAGGGGUCCCUAGAGGGGUUAGGGCAAAAACAGUCUCUAUAAAAGACAAAAUAAUGCUCCAUAGAGAUAGGAACGUCAGAGUGGUCCCUAGAGGGGAAAAAAGCUCUUUUAAGGGACAAUAUCCCUGGACUUACUAACGCCAGAGGGGUCCCUAGAGGGGUUAAGCAAAAACAGUCUAUAUACGGGAAAAAAGAAUGUUCCAUAAUGAUAGCAGUAUCAGAGUGGUUCCUAGAGAGGCUCUGAAGAAAUAAACCCCUUACAGAGAACUAAAUAGUGUUCCCUAGAGGGCUAAAAUUCAGGUGGUCCCUACAGGGAUAAAGGAUCUGAUGCCUUAGCCCCUAAGUGAACCCUAGAGUGGUCUUCCAAUUUUUUUUUCUCUGAUUGUUCGAACGAGAUAUCAAUAAACGACAAACGCGCCCCUAGAGUGGCCACUUUCUCAAGCUUUAGUGCCCCCUUGAGGGAAGGUUAAGCUGGUCCCUAAAGGGGAAACUUUAAGGGUAAUAAGGUAGCCCCUAUAGGGACCACUCUGUCGUGGCCUUGUUGAAACGAACUUUUUUUUCCUUUAAAUUCAUCGCUUGUUUUAUCCUGAACUUUUUGGCUAAAAAUUAUUUUCAAGUUUAAUAAAUCACUUGGGCAUUUUUGAAUGAAGCUUGUGUGCUCUAUCGCAAAAAAAAAUGACAUUUUUUACAGAUCGCUCAUGUGGAACCGUGUCAAUAUGUUGCGGCUGUGGCCCAAGUUAUUGAGGUAUUUAUUUUUGAAAAGAAAAAAAUAGUGUUUUCAAGAACUUUUUAACAAAAAAAAGUUUGGUUUUUAAUGAAAAAAACAUUGAAAAGAAAUAAUUUCAAAUUUAAACCUUGAUUUUUGAGAACGGCGAGCCUGAAACGGCCCUCAUCGAGCGACUACCCCUCACUUUGGCCCUUCUGAUGCAGUUUGUGUGCUCCGUCGCUGAUACCCAGUUCCCGGUCAUCCAGAAAGAAGUCAAAGAUGGUUUUUGCUAGAAAACUUCUUCCUGGAAAAAAUGAGUUUCUAGGCACAAAACUACCCCUGAUAAUCACGCCGGAACUGCGAAGGGCCGCUGAAAAACCGGCCGGAAUGGCCGUCGCAGCCAUUCGAAGCCUUCUGGAAAGGUGAUUCAACAAAAAAGGGAAGAAAUGGAUAAAAUUAGUAAUAGAAGGUUUACAAUAAGAAAUAUACUUCCUCUUUCAUCGGAUCAAUAGUAGAAUCGAACAUUCGAAACCAAUUUAUUUUAUAAAAUAGCUCAAACAUUUAAAGGAGCAUGGACUCAUCUUUGAAAAAGGUCUCCAGGCGGAAAGUUUUUCCAGUUUUAUUACAGGUCAUGAAGCACUUAUGCGUCUUUAAAAGCAACAAAAAUGAUUUUCGGACCGAUUAUAAGGAAAAAAAAAUGAACUGAAUAGGUUUCGAAGUGAAAAUCGUUAACUCAAGGGUUACUGUAGAGCAAUGAUAUGUUUUAGGGCUCUUUUCGAGGUAUUUAAAGGCGCAUAGGACUCUCAAAAUUUGUCUAUGCUUCCAGAAGUUUGUUGAGAAUUGACUAAAAGUGCGAUUUUCUUCGUUUGUUAGUUCAAAACAAUUAUUUUUCGAGAAAAAGCCCUGAAUAUCAAUAAAAAGAGUGAAAAUGAUUGAAAUGGGUCAAAAAAGUAAAAAUUGUGGAGAGACAGUGACAGUAUUGACCUUGAAAAAGUCAUUAAAAUGAUCAGAUACCUUACUUUUUCAAGGUUGAGAUUUUCCUAAGUUGCCCAAAAAACUGUAAAAUACGGAAGAAUUGAAGAACGAGGUCGGUGACAGUGAUCGAGGACAUGAACCAGGCGCGUGGCUGGACCGAAUGCCUCGAUCGGGAUCAGUUUAUUGUCGCUGUGAGCCUUUUUUUAUUUUAUUUUUUCAGACAUUAAUGAUAGUCUGACCCAUUUUAAAGUUAUUAAAAAGAUUUGAAAUUUUUUUCAUGGCUGAAGAACAUUCCUUACACAUUGAGUUGAUAACGAAUAAGUGAAAAAUGCAUUUUUCAUAUUUGAUUACUCAAAAAAGCUUGUAGACAAAAUUUAGGUAACUUUUCGGACCUCGGACGUGUCGGGGCACUUAUAGGGACCACUUUAGUGGCGUCAAAACUCUUAAGUGAGUCCUAGGAUUGCUCAGAAAUGUACGCAGCAAGUUUCUAAGUCUUCUAGAUGGAUUGAAAGAGUAGAAGAAUGUUGAAACUGAGAAAUAAGUUUUAGUUGACUGCUUUUGUCCGAUCUUUGGUGGAACAGCGGCCAGCUUGGGUGGCGCCACUCUCCAGAUCUGUCGAAGAAUUCGCGACCAACGAAUCUGAGCCCAGAAGACUCGCCGCAGUCAUCGUGGCGUCGGCUUUGAUUCGCAAGUCAGUUUGAAGUUUUUGACUGAUUUCCUUGUUUCCAAUGUAGCAUUUACUUCAAACUUCAUUCAUUUUCAUCACGCAGCCUUCAAAUUUUCCUUUUUUUUUAAAUUGUCUGGCCUCUAGUUGAUACAAAUUUAGCUUUAGAAAUCCAUAGCCCUAAUAUUUUUUUCAUAGUCUAAAUUUUUUUUUUCAAAUAUACGAAUAACAAUUUUUGAUGUACUUGAAGAAUAUCCUGGAAGUCGUGAUCUCAAUAAUUUUUUCUGUUUCGGAAAAUGAGGGCUGAAAGUUUCAAAAUGAUCGUUUUUUUAAGCUUUUUAUGGACUUUGAGCCUUCCUGUUAAGCUUCUUCCAGUAUACUUGCAGAAAAUACAAAGUUAAAAAAAAAGAAAUAAACCUUUAAAGUUGCAUUUUUUGUUAUUUUUUAUUGGCUUUCUUCACUUUUUUUCUUCAAGUAUAAAGCAUUUCGCAGAUUCGAAGAUCAUCCAAUGCAUUAAAAAAAUUUUUUGGGCAAGUUUCAUGGAAAGGAAAAUAUUUCUUCGCAAGGACUUCGAGGCCAAACUUUCGAAUACGAAUCAGAAUUGAAAUGACUUAAUCGAAUGAAUGAUCAAAAUAAAAAAUGACAGUCAUCCAUCAAUUUUAUCAGAAGCCCCAAUGAAACCGGCGACUUCAACGAGCAGCUCCUCGUCCGUUGUGUCCGUCGUCUGGAGGAUUCACUCACGGAUCCGAGUCUUCGGAUACGGAAGGUACAAAAAAAGUUUCAAUAGGCCACACCCCAAGGUGGGAUCCAGCCGAAGUAUGCUUCAGAAGAAAAAAAACUAAUGGGAUUGAAAUUUGGUUUUCAUCGAUUUUUUUUAUUUGUAGUCUUCGGUAGAUAAUAAGAAGUCGAAUAGAUACUCAGUAACUUUGUUCAAAAUUUAUCGAUGGCCUCGCGCGAAAGUAGUUUUGGGUCGGAUACACCGUGAAAUUGAGGGGUUAAAGAGUUAUCAAAAGUUGACCCAGGAAAAGCGGUUUGAUGCGGAAAUUCGUGCGUUUCGUUAAAAUAAUUUUUUUUUUCUGAACUUAUUCCCUUCUAAAAAUUUAAUGAAAAAAAAAUUGUUGUAAAGAAAUCUUGAAGAUUUAUCUCGAAGAAUUUUCCCAUUUACCUGUCCAGAUUGAACAUAAAACGUCUGACAGGUGCAAAAUUUAUGAGAAAGGUGCAAUUUUUGGAUUAGUCAGAUUGCUUUCUGGUUAGCCUGGCCGUUUUAUACAAUUUCGCCCUUUUUUCUACUCUUCUGCAAUUCUCUUGUUUUUCCGUGCUCUUUUCGUUUUCCUAUGAUCUGGCAAGCAAGAGUAAAGAGAGCGCAGACAGGUCAGACUGUUCAGAGUCACAUUUUUUUCCAAAAACUUGUAAAUCUAUGAUUUUUCUUGGCCAAUUAUUCAUUGUGGGAAGUUAUUCGAAGCCUUUUUCGUCAAAAAAAAAACCGGUAGAAAUCAAUUUUUGAAAAUCUCAGCUCAAAUCUAUAAAUUAUUGAAAGUUGUUGAUGGAGCAAACUUUCUCGAUUUUCUGAGCCAUUUUUCCUCGUUCAGUUGUGCGUAAAAGGUCUGGGCGAAUUAUCCGAAUGCAGUUCAAAAGAUGUCGUCCAAAGGUUUGUCGGGAUGGCCGUCGAAGCCGCGAUGGCGGGUCUCGACGAUCUCGGAGAUCGCAGGGAUACGGUAGAUUUUAUUUCGCUGUGCUUUUCGCUACAGUCUUCUCGAUUUUAGGUGGCGAUGGAGUCGAUUUUGGCCCUGAAUAAGCUCGUUUCAAGGACUAAUGACGCGCAAUUGACGACGAUUCUACCGCAGGUUCUCCUCAAGAUUCGGCCCUGCUUCGAGAAGGUUAUCGAUUGAUUUUAUUGAUUUUUUUUGCUUGCGAUAAAUAUUAAUUUUCUAUGUUGCAGCGAUAGAACUGUAGGGAAUACUAGCAAUUCCAGAAAAGAUCGAACUGAAAAAUGUAAAAAUUAAUUUAAGAAAUGGCUAGAAGCAUCGCGGUUGCGAAGCGGUUACGCGGAGGGCGUGUUUUUUCAGUGCACCCGACCAAAAACGGCUUACGCUUUACGACACUAUGUAGCAUUGGGAAGAAGUCACUUGAGUGAGCCAUAGGAUCUUACGGAAAUCGAGGGCCUAUUUUCGAAUUUUUAAAAAACGCAACGCGACCGCGACGCUUCGAGCCAUUCCAUGCAGUUUUAGGAAACUUGAGUAAAAUCAAAUUAGUUGAAAAAAUAGGCGUUUCAAUAGUUUUGAAAGCCGAAAAAACUACAUUUUUGUUUUUUCGAGUACAACGACGCUUCAAGCCAUUCCACAUGCGGCCAUGAAAUUUUCAGAAAGUUGAAGCAAAUUAAUGCUAGUUGAUACACAAAAUUAUAAUUCCUUCUUUGAAAUAUGGCCCGUAAAUAGCAUGGAAUCCCUUUUUCUAGGACUCUCCAUCACUCCGAUCGGCGUCAUUCAGUCUCUUCGGAGAACUUGGCGCCCGAGUCGGCGAGUCUUACGAAGAAUUUCGUGGACAUCUCCAUACGAACGUCGUCUCCUUGAUUCUUCAUCUCAAUGAUGAUUUCGAAGAUGUUCGGCAGGUAGGAGACAAGAAAAUUGGAGUGAUAGUUUGGAACAUGAAGAAAAAUCUCGAAAAGCAAAAGAUCGAUAAUUUGAUAAUUUGAGCCUUAAAGGGGAUUGCAGUUAAAGUAAUCAAACUUUUAUCAUGGUCAAUCGAAAAAAAGGCGCAACUCCUUUUUCGAAAACCUUUUUUGGGCAGUGAAACCUAAUGAACGCCAGAAAAGACUUUGAUGAAAUGGUCCUCAAAGUACGGAAAAAAAGCUCUAGUGGCCACUUAAGAGGUGUCUCAAGGACUAAUUGAAAAGGGCACUGAAGUGCGCACUUAAACCACCUCUAUUGGAGCCACUAUUUCGCGUCUUAGUGGCCACUAUAGUGAUCUUUAAUGGUCGAGUAGUACCACUUAGGCUUCUAAAGAGGUCACUAGAUUUUAGCCACUUAAGAGGCCAUUAAAACGACAAUCCCCAAAGAGGCCACUGAUUAUUUUCCCACAGUUUUGUUGCCAUUAUAGGAGUCGAAUCAGUGACCACUUAAAUGACUUUAACUCCGUGGACACUUUAGAGGUUAACAUUAGGGUUUUGAUGUUCUAGUGACCACUAUAGUAGUCGAAUUAUUGGUUAUACACGGUGUUUCUUUUGCGACGCCCCGCCCACUUUUCUCCGUCAAUUAGGACGUGUUUAGUGCAUGCACAAAAAAUUUGGAAAAUAAGGUUAACCGAUGAUAUAAGUGUGAGAAACGAAUGAACAUUGAAGAAAAAAGACGAGGAAAUUAAAAGAGAUUAAAUAAAACUAUAUUGCUGUGGAGAAACAAAGUACUUUUUAUUAUAAAAAGUUGACGGAAUAUCCGGAUAUAAAUGAAUUCCGGAACAUACUUUCUCAACUCCACAGACUUUUUUCAUGUAACUUCAUCUCAUUGAUGUCCACAACCUAGGAAUCUGAACAAUCGACAAAAAUAGAAUAAGAAAACAUAAAAUGGGGUAAAACAUGUUCCAUACAAACAGGUGGAGAUUUUUCAAAACGCUUCUUCAUCACGAGUUUUUAAAGUUAGCCUCACAGAACUACUUUCAAAAAAACGUCUAACAACCCAGAGUAUACCCCGAUCGUGGUCCCGCAAUACUAUCAGCAAUCUACGAAAAGAAAAAGUGAAAAAAUAUGAAAAAAUUGACAAAAAAUCAAAAAUAAAGCCACUUUUUCAAAUUUCGCGGGCGAAUUUCGAGAAGUGCGCAGACUUUGCCGAGUUUCAAAUUCCUUGCAUUUUCUUCAACUGGCAGAAACGCCGUGUAUAUAGGAGGCUGAAAGUUAGUGUCCUCUUUACAAGUCAAAGUGGCACUACUAGGCUACUAGAACUGCUAUAGUGGCCACUAGGACGCAAAGUGGCUUUUAUAGAGGAGGUUUUAGGGGCCACUUUAGAGUUCUCUUUGAGUAGAGUUUGUCGAGCGGCCCCUAAGUGGCCACUUAAGCUUUUUCUCCACAUGUAGUCUUUAAAGGAAAACAUCCUGCAUGUUGCAGAAAUGCGCCCUAUCGCUCUUCCGAUUACAUCCUCUGUUGACGUCAUCGGAAGCCUCGAUCCUUCUCGAAAGAGAAUUGGCGAACGGCCGAUUACCCGCCUCGUAUUCCUCUUUCGUCAAAGAUUUCGCCAUGAUCUUGGUUUUUUCUCCAAAAAUACCUAAAAUUUCAAGAUCAUCUUCAGUCUUUGGCCUUCCCCGACCGGGUGAAUCAAUACGCCUUGGCGACGUCGAACUAUUUCAAAAGCUCGAGUCCCAGAAUCCGAUCCAACGCCGCUCUGUUGACCGGAUGCCUUCUGGAGGGCCUGGGAGCUCAGUUGAGAGCCACCAUUUCUAAAGAUUUGAUCUUUACCGGUAAGUUUUGGGGGAAAUGAUUUUUUGACAGUUCGUUUUGUGAAAAAUUCAUCAAAACGUUAUGUAGGUUAACUCCACAAAAAAAAUCCAAAUAUUGCCUGAAAGGGUGAGCUCAAAAAGUCAGGAAAUUGUGCUCUAUUGAAAAUUUUUUUGAAAAAAGUUUCGUGAAAAAAAAUUGGAUAGUGGUUCAAAAAUGGCCCAAAAAAGGAUACCAGCUUAAAAAAAAUAGGAAUUUGUGCUCCAUUGACAAUUUCUUAGAAGCCUCAGAUUCAACAAAAAGCUCGAAUAUUAGCUGAAAGACGGCUCAAAAAAAGUAAUUUUUCUUGAAAAAAAUUGGGAAAUGUGCUCCAUUGACAAUUUUUUUCAAAAAAAUUGCAGUUUUUUUAGUUCUUUUUUUGAAAAAAAAUAGUGAUAAAGAACUGAAUAUGUUCCUCUUUUUCGAAAAAAGCUCGGCUAUUGACUGAAGAACGUCCUAAAUUUGAAAAUGAGCUCAAAAAGUCAGGAAAUUGUGCUCCAUUGACAAUUUUUUGCAAAAAAUUUUUCUUGUGAUUUUUUUUUGGAGAAUAAAUGCUUAAAAACUGAAUACAUUACUAAAAAAAAACUUCGGCUAUUUGGCUGAAAAAUGUCUUAAAACUGGAAAUGAGCUCAUAAGUCGAGAAAAUGUGCUCCACUGACAAUUUUUUUGAUAGUUUGCAAUUAGCGACGAAUUUUUGAAAGAUUUGACUUUUACUGGUGAAUUUUCAGUGAGAAAUGAUAUGUUUUGAAAGUUUACAAGAAAUUUUUGUUUUCGAAAUGAGAACUCCACAGCUUGCUUGAUAGAAGUUCUAUCAGAAAAUGUGAAAAAUGUUCAUUUUUUGUAAGUUUCAGGCCUCGUCGCCCUUCUGAAAGAUCCAGAAGACGUUCACGUCCGGAUCGAAGCCACCCGAGCCAUCGCAAGUCUUCGCGAUUUUCAUUAA